AUGUGGAGCUUCGCAGCGCUGGCAGCGCUCGCUUCGGCUGAGCCCAACACCAGGUUCUUGCGGAAGAGCAACGCGUCCGUUGCAUCGGCGCUGACCUGUGGUGGGUUGGAGCUGCAAGAGAACGAGUUGUGCCGCGACACCGUGCUGUGGGCGGCAGGCGGCGGGAAGUGGGACCCGCGGGCCGCAGAGUGGUUCACGCAGUUCGAAGGCAUUGCUGGCGUGCCCAUCGGGCAAGGCAAUGCCGCGGACUACCAGCGGCUCUAUUGGUGCGCCCCGCCGGGCGGCAAAUUCUGUGGCCUUCCACCCUGCGGAGGCUGCAGCAGCCCACCGUGCCAAGACUGCUUUGCCGGCAAACCUCUGAUGGCAAACUUGAGGCCAGGCUGUGCAGCCGAUGCCACUGGCAUCGGCUGCGUGCCCCCAAAGGAGACCAUGGGGUACAACGGACAGCACUGGCCCACAACGUUCAUCAACGGCACGGAGGAGAUGCAUAUCUUUCUCAUCGGCGACUGGGGCGGGUUGGACGGCACCCUAGAUACUAACGAAGGCCGGCCCGAGCUGAUCGCUUACGAAUGGGGCAGGCAGCCUGGACCCAGCGUUUUCCCGCGGAGCCGCUGGAACAAGCCGCACACGGAGAGGCUUUGUGGGCACAAGGCUUUCGUGGAGUGCUACAACACGCUAGGAGCUCCGCCCUGCGAGGAGGGCUGCGGCUUCGUGAAGGGCGUGGACGACCAGCCGCAGCUGCUGGUGGCAGAGGCCUUCAAGGAGCGCGCGGCCCUGAAGGAUCCCCAGUAUAUUCUGAACGUCGGCGACAACUUCUACUGGGGUGGCAUUGAGAAAACAUGCGGCAGUCCCAUGGACCGCAUCUCUUACCCUGCGAAGCACCAGUUUGACCAGAUCUUCGAAGGUGUCUAUCAGGGUCCCGGCUUGAGUGGGAAGCCCUGGUUCAGCGUCCUUGGAAAUCACGACUGGGGAGGCUUCAAGUUCGACAAUGGCUGGGACCAGCAGAUGGCGUACACGUGGUUCAGCGACCGCUGGGUGAUGCCAGCAGUCUACUACAAGACCACCGUGGUGUACACGGAUUUGGACUUUGAUGUGGAUUAUUACUUCUUGGACACCAACUUUUUGGACGCCAUGCCGCCUGAAGAGGACCCGAGCCACAACAUGUGCAGCUCCAAGAACAACCGGCCGAAUGCCACCUGUGCAUCAGCCGGCGGGCCCCCAUCGGUGGAGGCGUGCCCUGGCUGGUUCGCGAGGCUUUGGGAAGAGCAGAAGGUCUGGAUCAGCAACCUGCUGCCCAAGUCUCAGGCCACUUGGCAGAUCAUCGUGACCCACUUCCCUUGCGGACAUGAGCAGGCUUUCUACAAGUCGUUGGUUGAACAGGGCUUGGACUUGCUGGUCACAGGCCAUCGUCACGACCAAGAGCUUUGGCAGGAGGAGAUGUGGCAUAAGAAUCACAUGGGGGUCACCUGCAUUGUCACUGGCGGUGGGGGUGGAAUCUCCUCUGAGGCCACGCCAAACCCGAACAACACCGAAGACUGGUAUGGUGAGGCUCAGUACGGCUUCUACGACCUCACCAUCAGCAAAACGGCCACCUUCGGCCGGGAGGCGCCGAGGCGCCGUGCGGACGUGAAGCCGCGUCAGCCGUGGGAAGACCAGAUCAUCGGCGUUUGCCAAGGCUGCGGCGGGCGGCAGUUUUUGGUCACCAGCUGCAAGGGCUGCAAGGCCGCCUAUUGCAGCGCCGCCUGCCUGACGGCCAGCUUCCGGCUACACCGUCGAGGAUGCGCCUUCGAAAGGGACUGA